AUGGCGGACCUCAAAGAGAGCUCCACCAUUGCAGACGGUAACGACAAAGUUUCCGGAUCAGACAAUGCUGUUCACCUAGAGGACCAAACAGCCGAAGUCAGCUAUGACUCCAACGGAUUCGGUGGCAUCGUCCGAUCGCCGUACGUGUUUGGUGCCGCCCUCUUGGCUUCCUUCGGUGGCUUCUCCUUCGGCUACGACCAGGGCGUGAUAUCGCUUAUUCUUACCAUGCCGCAAUUCCAGCAGUCCUUCCCAGAGGUGGCUCCUGGCCAUCCCAGCUAUGGCUUCAACACCGGUUUCAUGACGGGCAUGCUGGAACUUGGUGCCUUUCUCGGCUGCUUGACGUUCCCUCUCCUUGCCGAUACCUACUCACGAAAGUACGGCCUAGCCGUAGCCACGGCAUUCUUCUGCGUUGGUGCCAUCAUACAGACGGCCUCGCAAAACUACGGCACUUUGGUUGCUGGUCGCACCAUUGGUGGUGUUGGCGUGGGUACUCUCGCAAUGGGAGCCCCUUUGUACAUCACUGAGAUCGCACCUCCAAACUUGAGAGGGUCGCUUCUUGUCUUAGAGGCCAUCUCCAUUGUCAUUGGGGCAAUCAUCGCCUACUGGAUUACAUAUGGCACUCGCAGCAUGGCAGGCGACUGGGCUUUCCGAUUGCCUUUUCUUCUGCAAAUGGCUCCGGCGCUGGCAGUCGGUAUUGGCAUCCAGUUCUUCCCAUUCUCUCCGAGAUGGCUUGCUAUGCGCCACCGCGAUGAUGAUAGUCUGAAGUCACUCGAGAAACUACGGCGUCUUCCUGGCACGGACAGCCGCGUCCAGCAGGAGUGGCAGGCUAUUCGCAGUGAAGUUGCGUUCCAGGAGCAAGCUACUGCACGAGAGCACGGAACUGAUUCGAACGCAUUCAUCCUUGACCUCAAGCAGUGGGGUGAUCUCUUCAAGAGAAAGACCUUGCGUCGCACCGCUGUUGGUCUGGCAAUCCCGUUCUUCCAGCAAUUUUCCGGUAUCAACGCUUUCGUGUACUACGCGCCAAUAUUUUUCUCUGCUCUUGGCCAAGACUAUGAAAUGUCUCUCAUUCUGAGUGGCAUGAUCAAUAUUUGCCAGUUUGUAGCCGGAAUACCAACGUUCCUGUUCCUCGACAAGGUGGGACGCCGCAAGAUGUCAAUCUUCGGUGGCAUCGCAAUGGGAAUCCCACACAUGAUUAUGGCCGGAAUCGUAAGCAAGUACAACAACAAAUGGGUCGAGAACCCCGGUAUGGGCUGGUUCGGCGUGGCUCUAAUCUACAUCUACGUCCUCGCUUAUGCCGCCUCGUAUGGACCCUUGGGAUGGACUUUGCCCGCUGAGGUGUUCCCGAGCUCCAAGCGCGCAAAGGGUGUCGGUGCUUCGGUGGCCAUGGGCUGGCUUGCCAACUUCAUCAUUGGUGUGAUUGUGCCCGAGAUGCAACUCAAGCUUGGCUGGGGAACCUACCUGUUCUUUGGUUUCUUUUGUUUUGCUGCCGCGCUGUUUUCUUUCUUCUUCGUGCCUGAGACAUCAGGCAAGAGCUUGGAGCAGAUCGCGGCUGUCUUUGGUGAUGAGGUAGAGUAUUAG